AUGGAGAACAGCGACAAAUAUUUGCAUGGUCGAUUGGAUCCUGGUAUCGAAUCGACUUUGCAGUUGGUCGAGGGAGUAGAAAGUCCAGAUAUGAGUAAAUUCUUUUCCUCCCAGGAAGUACCGUCCCCCAAAUCAUCUCAACCAAAACGUGCUGUAUUCCAGGCUAUCAGAUCUUCCAAUGACACUCAACUCAACUUAACUCACCUUCCGGUUGAGCUUCUUCGUCAAAUUGCUUCAUAUCUUUCGCCUUGCGACUUGACGAAAUUAGGCAAAUCAUGUAAAACAUUGUUUGAAGUGGCAAAAACUGAUUCCCUCUGGCGACGCCUCGUACAAGAGAACGUUCCCGGUGUCAACCUUGAUUCUCCUGCACCAUGUCAGUCUUUUAAGGAGCUUUAUAAAUCUCAUGAUCCUCAUUGGUUCCUUACGAAGAACAAGUUAUGGUUCAGCGAUUCUCGGAAUUACGGACAAAUAUUGAUUUCCAAGUACCACCCCGAGACUGGUUCUAUCGGAUUAUACAGACUCAUAACAGAAAAGUUACCGCCUCAUUUUUUUGCGUGGAAGGACGAUAUCUCAGUCAUCGUUCAUUGUUUUGAACCUAGGGUAUAUUUGUCUCAGUAUUGUCUGCGAUUAGAUGUCAAUUCUUAUUCUCAUCGUUCCCUAUCGGAUCUGGGCGAGGCUGAGCGCAGGCUCAAGGGUGAGCUACCUUUGGUGAGGAGUGAUGAUCCUGGCUCUCGCGCCUUUACAAAUUUCAUACUGGCAAAAUCGUUGGUAGGUAGAAACCUCGCCAACGCACCGCAGGAGGGUAAAUGGCCACCACCGAAUGUACCAGCAAAAUCCCGAGUAGAUCUUUCUGCCGUCUGUGAUCAGUCUUCUACAACUACAUGGGGUCGACCCGAAGAUCGUUCUCAAAUCAAUGAGCAAUCUUUUCGAACUAGAUUCUGGUUGGAGAUGAAUGGUCAGGUACGAAUGGGAGAAGAUAUCCAAACAUGGUCAACUCUUGACUUUGGAUUAUACACACCGACAGAGGAUAAGCCUUUCAGAGGUAUUUUUGUCGGGGAUUAUUCAGGUCAUGGUUGUGAAUAUUUACUCCUAGACCAACGAGAUGGAUUUCAGAAAAAUGACGAACCAAAUAUAUUGGAACGAAAAGACGAAACACCUGAAGUAUGGGAAGCGAAGAAAAGACAUGCAAAGAUUUACAAAGGCUCUCUGUGCGCUAUUAAAUUGACUGGAGAUCCAAACAUACCUCGAGGUCAAAUUUCAUGGAUCGCCGAUGAUAUUAGUGACAAUGGAUUAGUUCGUCAUGGGGAGCAAGCAUGGCCUGGUGCAAGAAUUGUAAAGAGCCGUGGUCAAAUUGCUAAUCAAGGAUAUCGAAACUCUAAAUUCAUCGAAACGGAACUCAUAAUGAUUUCUCAUGAUGUACUGGCACAACACUGGUUACCGUUCGGACAUAUAUCGUUCUUUCACCGAGUUAACAUUGAUGAUUUUAUUAAACCAGGAAUGGGGGAGACCAAAGUUUGA